CUGUCAAGUAUUCUUUCUGUAUCUGUUCAAGAAACAAUACAUUAUUUUAAAAAAAAUUAUUAAAUACUAUAUUUAUAUGUCAAAUUGUUAACAUCAAUUAUUUAAGUAAGUGUUGAAAAAUGUCGGAAAAUGCUAAUGAUUCAAAUGACGAAAACAAUGAGAUGCCAACUCCAAAAAUAAAACACGAUUGGUAUCAAACUGAAACACACGUUUUUAUAAAUAUUUUAGCAAAAAACGUAGAAAUUGUAAAAGUCCACACAACAGAAACUGCAUUGAGCGUAUCUGCAAAAUUACCAAACGGAAGUGACUACAGUUUGGAAUUAGAUUUAGCCCGUCACAUUGUACCUGAUCAAAGUUCGCACAAAAUACUUGCAUCGAAAAUAGAAAUUAAAUUAAAGAAACGAGAUGGUCAUAGAUGGGCAAAUUUAGAAGGAAAUGCCGAAGAAUCAAUUGCAAUACUUCCAAUUCCUGAUGUUAUCCUACAAUCUGACAAUAAAGCUCCAAAAUAUCCAACCUCAAGUAAAAAGGUUCAUGAUUGGGAUAAAAUGGAAAAAGAAAUCGAAAAACAAGAAGCCGCAGAAAACCCUGAAGGUGAAGCUGCCCUUAAUAAACUUUUUCAAAAAAUUUACGGCAACGGAUCUGACGAAGUUAAACGAGCAAUGAAUAAAUCCUUUCAAGAAUCUGGUGGAACAGUUUUGAGCACUAAUUGGAAUGAAGUCGGAAGAGGAAAAGUUGACAAGAAACCUCCCGAGGGAAUGGAAUGGAAAAAUUGGAAUCCUUAGAUUUUAAUUUCUACUUGUCUUUGUUUAAAUUCAUUUUCACUUUUAUCCACUUUUAGUAAAUUAUUUCGAGUUAGUUUUACAUUAAUUUCGCAAAUACUAAGUUAAAAACUUUUAGUUAAUUAAUAAUUAAGAAUAAUUUAAUGCUACGAUUAACUUGUAUUACUGAAUUUAUCAUAAUUAGUAGAAUAAUAGAUUUUUCCAUUAAUCAUCAUAAAUUGAGUUCUUCGAAGCCUUACGCCUGUUAAAAUUAUAUGCAUAUAAAUUUAACAAAUGUUUUUUAUAAAAAAAAAGACUUGACAAUUACUUAAUAAAAUAAAAAUUUACAUUUACAUAA